AUGACACCAGCUGAUCUGAUUGACACGGCGACUACUUGUCGAUUACGAAAACCAGCUGGACGAGUAGCGCUGAGAGGGCGUGAAACGAAGAGACGCAGCGCACGAACAAAGACGGAGGAGAACAAGGGCAGCAGCCACAACAAGAAAAUGCGCGCCAUCUGCCGAAACUUCCGCCGGCCGGAGUUCUGCUCUGCCACUCUCGCACCUCACAACUCUACAGCAUCCGCUACUCAGCCGCAAAGCCGUACAUUUGCGGAAUUAUCCGUGACAAUCUUGGAAUUUAUUAUCGAAGAAGAACGUAUGCGACCUCGGCGGCAUUCAGUGGAUAGUGAGACAUCAAGUGAUUCGUGGUCUGUAAUACAGAAGAACGUGGAGCAUCGUGAGCACUCGGGUGACGAAAUCGAGUUUGAGCCGUCGGAUUCCGAAGAGUGGGACAGCGACAAGGAGACAGAUGACAGCGAAAAGAGUGACGAUGAGCAUGGUGACUCACUAGAGGAGUUCGAUGAGUCCUGUGCCACAGAUGACGAUGGUGGUGAUUGUGAAAUUGUUAAUGAAGACGAAGCCAUGGAGGGGAGCGGCUGUCGCUACUACAUACCGUCGGAGAAGAUUUGCAGGUCGCUGGAUUUACUUGAUGCGGAAUGCUGUUCGAACUUCGACGAAGUGAUACGAUUUGUAUUUCCAUCGAAGAGAGAUGCAACUCGGGCUGUCGCGCUCAUCUUCUUCGUUGCAUCCACAGCACUUCUUUUGGCGAGGAGCCCGCGUCUAGCCGAGAUCGACGAAGAUCACUCGACUGAGGUUUUUGCUUCCGGUCUGCAGAGCCGGGAGGACCUCGGGCGAGAUUUUGCUCCGUUGCUUCGCCGUCGACGUCGCUCUAAUUUCUCUGAAACGUGUAACCGCUGGCAGGUGUCUGUUUGGUCAGCAACUCCGUCAUGGAGCACGGCGGAACCAGCAACAGUCCCUGCCACGUUACUUCCUGCUAUUUUCAAUUCUUCGCCAACAGUAGAGAUCAAUGAAGACGGAUUCUUUUCACGUCCUACAAUGAGGGUUUCCGCGAUCUCCAUUUCUCACUAUGCUAAGCCUCGAAACGUGUGUCGGCAGGAGGACGUUCGUCGUCGACGACCAACGGCUGCGUUCGCUUCGAUUUCCGACGAGAUCAACGCUAACUCAUGGAUCGCCGCGCCGUAUCUGCUCGCCGCUCCGAUAUCGAUCUCUCGGAUGGCUAAGCAGCGGCGCGACGUCUGCAACCAGCAAGUGAGGCGUGAAAAAGCGUCGCCUUCGCCAAGGACUGGUCGCGCGCAGAAGGAAAUUCAUUCUUUGAAACUCCAAGAUCCACUGAAAAUGCUUACCGGACGACGUCUACCUAGAAUCGCAUACAAGAAGGCGCCAUGCGUCGCUUACAAAGAUCUUAAGUCCGUCCCCAAUCGUCGUCCACCCAAACGCCCAUUUUCUUCCAAGAAACUGAUGCAUGGUCCAUGUUAUUCUGUCUCUCCACCAUGUAUCGAUAAAAAUGCAACCACGAAGCGCUACAAAGGCGUUAAAGCAGUUCUGACUCGUUCAACGAACAGACAACUGGCCACAUACAAAAAACGCCCACCAAUGCCAUCCUUGCCUCGUUUACACCGACCCUGUGUGGACAAUAAAGACGUGGUGAAGUGCUGGAAAACACUCGACCAACGGCUCGAACUCCAACCGAACUACCGCAGCACAAAGAAGCACCUCGAUUGGUUCACACGACGUGGUCAAAUCAGAGCCGAUAAUCGGCGACUUUAA